CUGGGUCUGCUUGUAAGCCCUCCUAAGACGACAUCUGAUACCUCGCUCAAGCAGCAAAAUAGCGGAACAGCGCAACUGAGCGAGAAGCAGGACGAAGAGCAAACAAAAAGCAUCACUCCGAAGAGCACUGAGCAGCCUCUCAUCUACCUUCGAACAUUGCUGGAAUUUCUGCUGCAGUACUACGAAGACUGCAUCACGUGCCUUACACCAGGCAUAGUAUCUCUAUUUCCGAUGAUCAUCGAGUACGCUAAUGAAGACGAAACGGAACAAAACGAGUCGUUCAAGGAUAUUGACAUCAAGAACAAUGCCAGUGUAUUGGUGCAUGAGUACAUGUCAAGUCUAUUGGUCACUGAGAAGUUUGCUGAACCAUUCCUGGAUGUUGUCAUUAAGACUUUCCAUCGUUCAAGUCUGUGGCGUGUACGGGUCUCGGUGUUGAAGUUCCUGCAAGUGAUAGUGUUCUCCAAUAUCUAUGUGUUAGAAAUGAAACAACGAACGAAGAAAGUGGUAGAAAUUCUUUUUGAAGCUUUGGUCGAUAGCCAGAUGGAGGUACGGCUCGAGGCUUCUCGAUGUAUGAUGACACUAAUUCAUUGCGACUACAUCAAAGUUGACAAAUUUCUUGUGGAUAGAAUUCGCGUGUGUUCGGAAAGCAAGCAGCACUCUUCCCUACAUGGAGCUGUUCUUGGAAUGGGUGCAGUAGUGAUGGCACAUCCCUACUCAACGCCACCAUUCGUCAGAGCGGCUACAAUGGCCCUUAGAGAAUUCCGACGCAGUCAUCGUGAAGAGUGGGAGAAGACAACAAAAAUAAUCGGAUCAGACCUCGUGUACAAAAUUGAGAACGCUAUCGCACCAAUUUAUUAUGCUUAA